AUGGGUUUCGCUGGAAACAACGACCCAUCCUUUAUCCAACCUACGGUUAUUGCCACCAGGGAUGGUGGCGGAUCUGGCUCAGGAGCACCUGCAGUCCCCUCAAAGCCCUCAUUCUUGAACUCGUCUGCAAGCUCCAACCUCGCUUCAAAGCGCGGUAUUGAAGAUCUUGAUUUUUUCAUUGGAGACGAGGCUGUUGCUAACUCAAAGACAUAUGCCCUCAACUAUCCCAUCCGUCACGGCCAGAUCGAGAACUGGGACCAUAUGGAACGCUACUGGGAGCAGAGUAUUUUUAAAUACCUCCGCUGUGAGCCUGAAGAUCAUUCUUUCUUGUUGACCGAACCACCACUUAAUCCUCCAGAGAAUCGUGAAAACACUGCUGAAAUCAUGUUCGAGUCGUUCAAUGUUCAAGGAUUGUACAUUGCUGUUCAGGCAGUGCUUGCCCUUGCUGCAUCAUGGACAUCAAGUAAAGUUAGUGAACAGACCUUGACUGGAACUGUUAUUGACUCUGGUGAUGGUGUCACUCAUGUUAUUCCUGUGGCUGAGGGAUAUGUCAUUGGCUCUUCUAUUAAGAGUGUUCCUAUUGCAGGUCGCGAUUUGACAUCUUUUGUCCAGAACUUGCUCAGAGAGCGUGGAGAGAACAUGAUUCCUGCUGAAGAUUCACUAACUGUUGCUCAGAGGAUCAAGGAGCAAUAUUCAUAUGUGUGUCCAGACAUUGUGAAGGAAUUUAAGAAGUAUGACCAAGAGGGCGAUAAAUACUUUAAGAAGUAUGAGGGCGUCCAUUCUGUCACUGGCAAGCCAUACAGCGUAGAUGUUGGAUUCGAACGUUUCUUGGCACCAGAAAUCUUUUUCAACCCGGAAAUUGCUAGCUCUGAUUAUCUGACUCCCCUCCCAGAAGUCGUUGAUACUGUUGUGCAGACUUCGCCUAUUGAUGUCCGCCGUGGCCUUUAUAAGAACAUUGUGUUGUCUGGAGGAUCGACCAUGUUUGAGAACUUUGGCAAACGAUUGCAGCGCGACAUUAAACGCAUUGCUGAUACUCGUAUUAAGCGCAGCGAGACUCUUUCUGGGGGCAAAUUACAAUCAACUCCCAUGGAGGUCAAUGUUAUCACACACAAGAAGCAGCGUUAUGCUGUUUGGUUUGGAGGCAGUUUACUCGCAUCUACUGGUGAAUUCCAUUCCUACUGCCACACAAAAGCCGAGUAUGACGAGGUUGGACCCUCAAUUGCUAGACACAAUGUAAGUUUCGUGUUUACAAAUCUUUAUUUACAAGCAGAAAAUUUUUGGCUCCAACUAACGCGCUUUUGA